CUGAGUUCCACCCUGAUGGAGAGGAUGCAGGCCCAGGAGCUAAUGAGCAGUCUACAGUUGCCUGAGCUGGACGAGUUAACCCAGUUCUUCCGCUCCCUGCCCACCUCCACGCUGGUGGGAAUCGGUACCCUGACUGCCGUGCUGGCCUACUGGCUGGCCACACGGCCACGCGCCAUCUCUCCUCCCUGCAACCUCCAGCACCAGUCUGAGGAAGUGCUGGUAAGCCAGAGAUACGAUGCGAUCAGAGGAGGCUAGUGGGAGGAGCUAUAGGAGGACUGGCUCAUUGUAAUGGCUGGGAUGGAGUCAAUGGAACGUAGUCAAACGUUGUUUCCAAGCAUUUGAUGUGUUUCCAAGCAUUCCAUUUAUUCCAUUCCAGCCAUUACAAUGAGCCGGUCCUCCUAUAGCUCCUCCUCUGGAUGCGAUACGCCACCUCGGCCCGUAUUCACAAAGUGUCUCAGAGAAGGUGCGCUGAUCUAGGAUCAGUUUUGCCUUUUAGAUCAAAAGGAAUAAUACAGGGUGUACCUGAUCCAAGAUCAGUACUCUCUGAGACACUUUGUGAAUACAGGCCCUGUGCACCAGGGCAGCACACAACAAAAGGGGCUGACUAAGACAUAAACCCCACAGAGGUUUACCUGAGGGUAAACGCAAUACCACUUCCACCCAACUGUUACACCCACUCCAUUUACCCUCAUACACACAUUAUCAUAUCCUCACGUAAGUAAGAGAAUAAAGGAUAACAUUUUGGAUUUCGAACCUACUGUAUAUUUGGACUACAGUAGAAAUAGUAAUGUUGUUACUUUGGUGUGUGUCUCUCUGUGUGUGUGUGUGUUCCCUAGCCUCACUGUGUCUAUCUCCCCCUGUCUGUCUCUAGCAUGAAGAUGGGGGUCGCAGGUCAAUGCUGGGGGAAAGCCCCAAUAAGCUGCUGACACACUACCAUGAGGAUGCCAAGACCAUGUACGAGGUGUUCCAGAGAGGCCUCCACAUAGCCGGUGUGUACACACACACACACACACACACACACACACACACGCACAAACACACACACACACACACACACACACACACACUUACAUGUGCAGACAGUCACAGACAGACAGACAGACGCAUGUAUGCACACACGCACACACACUAGCACUUUCUCAGAGACAUGCACACACACAUACACUGUGGUCUGAGUAAUAUAUACACACACAGAAAUUGUGGUCUGACAAAGCGCUAGUGCCCUGCCUGUGUGGUCUGUCUGUGUGAGUGAAACAGUGCCAUCUAGAUUACCAUGGCAACUGAGUGUGGGAAAUAGUGUCUGAGGCCUAAAGUCAAACUGCAGACAGACUAGACUGUAUAUAAAGUAGAUAGUAUCUCUCUAUAUCUGGUUCUGACUGACUGAAAAAUAAUGCUGAGGACCAACUGUCAUUGUAUUGUUAGUACACAGUGAAGAGAUUGCUAAAGAGAACUAAAUACAAGGAAUAGAUAGCGGAAUCGAAAUGUACUGUAGAUGUGUGGUCAUGAGCGUCAGUCAAUAACUUCUGUGUGUCUUCAUGUGAUAGUUUGGGGGUUUCUGUGGUUUCAUGUUUUUCCCUUACUCAUCCUGUUGUUGUAUUGUCUUUAGGUGAUGGACCUUGCUUAGGCUCCCGGCUACCCAACCAGCCUUACAAGUGGCUGUCCUAUAAAGAGGUAAGCACACAGUAGAAUUACCUCUGUACAGAACACUGAAGCACAAGAGCAGCUCUCUGCUUUGCAUACAGGCUCCGUGUGGUCUAUUCCUUCAUAGGGCUAGUGUAAUCUAUAGCUCUGUGUGUAACUCACUCCUUGUGGUUUGUGUUGCAUUUGGACGUGUCGCAUAUGGUGUCUCAACAGAUGCACAGGUUCAGUUUACAGUCUCCCCUACUUCAAGGAGAGACGUCUGCUACUACUCAAACCUCUGUAGUAACACAGAGUUGAAAUUUGAAGUUGAUUUACACUAAAGCUUUCUGUACCACUACUGAACUACUGGCCUUUUUAACACACACAUUUGAAGGGAUUCUGGCUUCCAAACACGAUCAAAAGGGAGGGAUUCAUUUUCAGCAUUCUGUAAAUGGAACUCUUUAAUGGUAUUGAAAAUGAUUUAUUUAGGAAGCUUUUAAACACUUCAGCAUUGGAAUGCUGCAGCUGGAAGGAUUCUAGAGUUACGCAAACACUCUGCUCCGCUCCAAUAUUUAAUCUAUGACAUCAUGAGAGUUGAGCAGAGGUAUGUUUUUGUUUUAUACUGUGAUAUUUCUCGUUUCCCAAUACGCUCAGCUGCUGUCCUAUUUCUUUUUGACUUCCAGGUCACAACCCGGGCGGAGCACUUGGGGUCGGGGCUGCUGAGCCAGGGCUGCACGCCGAGCCCAGAUCAGUUCAUCGGAGUGUUUGCACAGAACAGGCCAGAGGUGAGGUCAUCAUCACAGCAACACACUGUGUGCGUCCCAAAUGGCAGCAUAUUCUCUACAUACUGCAUAACUCUACAUACUGCACUAUAUAGGGAAUAGGGUGCCAUUUGGGACGACACUGAUUCACAAAUGUUUUGACAUGAUAUACAGUUUAACAGCCCCGACUUGUAGAGGCUUUUUUAAUUAUCUUUAUGGCGACGCUGACCUCCUUUUGACCUGUCUGUCUGUACUUACAGUGGAUCAUUUCGGAGCUGGCCUGCUACACCUACUCUAUGGUGGUGGUGCCUCUGUAUGACACACUAGGGCCUGAUGCCAUACGGUAUAUCAUUAACACUGGUAAGACUAGCAGCUUUCUGAUGUUUGUGUCCCAAAUGGCACCCUUUUCCUCAUGCAGGUCACCUAUGGGUCCUGGUCAAAAGUAGUGCACUACAUAGGGAAUUGGGAGCCAAUUGGGACUGAGCCUUACUGUAAGUGUAGUGCUGUCUACUCUGUUAGCCCAUAGCAAUAGAUCUGAGAAUGUUCCUUUUAGUUUCAUGGUCCAGUUCUUUUAAUUAUUUUCUUGAUCAAGCUGCAUUGGCAAUGUCAUGAAAUGCAUACAAUCUAUAGAUGUGUCUGAAAGGAUGAAAAGCUGAGACACUCAGCCUUCCCUUCCUGAAUAACAGUUUUUCCUAGACUAGAGAAUUGUUUUUUGUUGUGUUUAAGUUACACAAUCCCUUUAUCUCCGCAUACUCACAGGAAUCAGGCUAGGGCUCACCUUUGCCUUAUGCUGGAGGUAAUGAGCUUAGCUCAGUGGGUUUGGGAGGGAGCAGGCCUUGAGAUCUGUCGUUACACUCUCCUUCUUUCCCAUGACCUCAGGGCUCUCCAUUCUUUAGUUUCACACUAAUCAGACAGCUAACAUUACAGUUAUUUUCGAUUGCUAACAAGCAUUGUUCAAUACUGCGGAUACAUGUGCAAAACUCUAAAUACAGUUAUCACAUCAACACUAUGUGGCAGCCUGUGGAUCAUUUGUCAUUGCUUUGACACAAAAUGCAUUCAAUGACAACAUCUUUCAAAUUACAUAAAUAUUUGUCUCACAAAAACACAUUUACCAACAAAACUCUAUGUAUCUACAGACCAUUAUGCAAAUGUUAAGAUACCCUUAUAAAAACGGUUAAAAUCAAGUUCAAAAGAUACUGAAAAUUGAAUGAGACUGCAAAAUAUAAAUAAUAACUUAAUUUUUCACAUCUGAUUUUCAUUCUACAUUACGUAACUGAAGACCUACCCAGGUGUUUUCCAUUUUUAUGUCAUUACCAUCUCUACAAAAGGGGACAUCUUUGGAAUACAUUUUACAUAAACAUGGACCCAGCCAGAGAUCGUGUAGUGGCUAACAGAGGUGGAAGAGUUGUCGGGAGAGGCAGAGGAUUACGUAUCCGUGGUGGAAGACGACUGAGGGGAAGACCCAGCGUUGUAGUGUCAGAUGAGAUUAGGGCUACAAUCAUUGAUCAUGUUGUCAAUCAUGGUCUAUCAAUGAGAGAUGCUGGUCUCAGAGUGCUGUAAUUGUUGACAUGGUCAUUAGCAACAAUGCCAUAAAACUCAGAGAAAUUCAAGAGAGAGUGUUGGCAGACAAUAAUACAUUUCAAAAUGUUGAAAGUGUAAGCACGACAACCAUUGCUAGAGUCUUGACAAAGCAUCAUAUCAGCAUGAAGCAGGUGUACACUGUUCCCAUUUGAGAGGAACUCUGAUCGUGUCAUGGAACUCCGGUACAAAUAUGUCCAGGUAAGAUGUCUAUAUCCUGUAACACAGUACUGUUUUUACUGUAAACAAAACCCACCAGAGCACUGCACAGUUACAAUAUACUGUAAUGUAAACUACUGUUAUAGAAUAACUGUUAUGUUGCCCUGUGGAUUUACAAUAUUUUAGAGUGUCAUGGAGCUUGAAGCCAGGCCAACACCCCACAUGUUCGUCUUUGUGGAUGAGGCUGGUUUUAACAUGGCCAAAACACGCCGACGUGGAAGGAAUGUGAUUGGGGAAAGAGCAACAGUGAAUGUCCCGGGCCAGAGGGGUGCCAACAUCACAAUGUGUGCCACAAUAUCCUCUGAAGGAUUGCUGUUACAUAAACCACUAAUUGGGCCAUACAACACAGAGCACCUCAUUUCAUUCAUGGAUGACCUCUAUGGAAUGCUUUUGCCAGGUGAAGAAAGAGGGCAAGUCAGAAGAAAUAUGGAAAUCUGGGUGAUUGUAUGGGACAAUGUGGCAUUUCACCACUUCCAUGCAGUCACAGAGUGGUUUGCAGCCGAUCCCGGGAUGGUGUCACUUUAACUCCCCCCUUACUCUCCCUUCCUCAACCCCAUAGAAUAAUUAUUUUCCUCAUGGAGGUAGAAAGUUUAUGACCACCAUCCACAUGAUCAAAUGUCACUCUUGGAUGCAAUGAAUGCAGGAUGCCUGGAUAUCUCUGCAGAAGAUUGCCAGGGAUGGAUCAGGCAUGCAAAGAGAUUCUUUCCCAGGUGUGAUGUGGAAGAGAACUUGUGGCCCAAUGCAGCAGACAGGGUUGACUAGCAUUGUUAUAUAUCUGUUUCAUUUGGACAAUAUGCUAUGCAUAUUCAUAGUGUGUAUACACUUUUUGUUUGUUUAACAGUACUGGAAUUAUUUAUUUUUGUGUAUUUUGGAAUUACUCUGCAAAAAGCAAAAUAGAGUAAUUUGCAAAAAUACAGUCAAUUGUAUUGAAGCAUAUUGCAGCCUUUCUGCUUUAUUUCUUUACAUAUCUUGCAGGACAUUCUAUACAGUACAGGUUUGCCACUCUUCUUUGUAAAAAUGACUGUUGGUUCAUCUAAAAAAAAUAUGAUAUUAAAGACAAAUUGACCCAUUUUCAAGUGGUAUCUGUUUUUAGAGUUUUGUAGGUCAUGAUACUAUGAAUGACAAAGUGUGCAUGUCAUGAGAGACUCUUAGCUUUCAUUUGGUAGAAAGAUUCGCUUUUGAGACAUGUAGGAUGUGCAUUGCCAAGUUGCAUGUUGUUUUGAUAACUAUAUUUAGAGUUUUGCACAUGUAUCCGCAGUAUUGAACAAUGCUUGUUAGCAAUAAAAAGAAAAAAAACUCACUCUCAUCAUUUUUUUCAACAUUUCCAACUGCCCCUCAGUGAUACAGUGUGUUGGUUUUGGCCCAGUGCCCCAACAGGAUUUGUCUCUGCUCCAAGGCCGUGGAAGGGAAAUCUGUUUGUAGAGCAGUAGUUAGUUAGCUGUGUGUUUACUAGCUGAUUGGAUCAUGUAUGUGUGUUCUAGUUCUCACAAAAGGCAUGCGGAUCUCUUGUGUGCUGUCUUUCAGCCGACAUCAUCACAGUGAUCUGCGACAAGCCUGAGAAGGCCCAGGUGCUGCUGGGUAACGUGGAGAGGCAGGAAACCCCCGGGCUGAAGAGGAUCAUCCUCAUGGACCCUUUUGACCAUGCCCUGCUGGAGCAAGGGGAGGGCUGUGGGGUCAUCGUCCAGUCCAUGCAAGACAUUGAGGUACGUAGGGAGAGUGUAGGGGGGCAGGGGGGAUGGGGGAGUAGUGUAGGAGGGUAG